CGGACGGCGCUGCCUUCGCGAGCGUGGAGCCGGCCCGGCGCCGCUGCACCGGCGGGAGCGGAGCGCCCCGGCCGCGCCAUGGCAUUGUGGUGACCGCCCGGCCCCGCCGCCCGCCCGCCCCGCGGCCAUGGCCCCCAUGGGCAUCCGCCUCUCGCCGCUCGGCAUGGCCGUGUUCUGCCUGCUGGGGCUCGGCGUCCUCUACCACCUCUACUCCGGCUUCCUGGCCGGCCGCUUCGCCUUCUUCAUGCUGAGCGAGCCGGCGGCCGGCGGGCCCGAGACGCCGCACGGCUCCGCGCCCGGCGGCGCCGUGGACCUGCGGGAGCUGCUGGCCGUGUCCGUGCUGGCCGCCGUCAGGGGCGGGGAGGAGGUGAAGCGGGUCCGUGAGGGGAACGUCCUCAACGCCAAGGCGAAGGGGAAGACGCGGGAGGGGGCCGAGGAGCAGCUGACCACCGGCGACCUGCUCUCCAACCGCAGGAUGUUCUACCUGCUCAAGGGCGCCUUCCCCGCCGUGCAGAUAAAUUCUGAGGAGCGUGUUGACACAGCUGAUCAGGAGACARUCUCCUGGGAUCGCAGCAUUCCUGAAGACAUAAAGCAGAAAAUACAGCCUAAAGAGGUGCCAGCAGAAACUGUUACUGUCUGGAUCGAUCCGUUAGAUGCUACACAAGAAUACACAGAGGAUCUUCGACAGUAUGUCACAACAAUGGUUUGUGUGGCUGUAAAUGGUAAACCAGUAAUAGGAGUCAUACACAAGCCCUUCUCAUCAUACACAGCUUGGGCAAUGGUGGAUGGUGGGUCAAAUGUAAAAGCUCGCUCCUCCUACAAUGAGAAGACUCCAAGGAUUAUUGUGUCUCGCUCCCAUGCAGGAAAAGUUGAGCAGGUUGCACGRCAGACAUUUGGAAAUAAAACUGUGAUAAUCCCCGCUGGUGGAGCAGGUUAUAAAGUUUUGGCCCUCCUUGAUGUGCCUGAAAAGAAUCAAGAAGAAGCUGACGUGUAUAUCCAUGUCACCUAUAUUAAAAAGUGGGACAUAUGUGCUGGAAAUGCAGUGUUGAGAGCAUUGGGUGGCCAUAUGACUACCCUGACUGGUGAAGAAAUCAGUUACACUGGCUCAGAUGGCAAUGAAGGAGGACUUAUAGCCAGUAUCAACAUGAACCAUAAAGCACUAAUUGAAAAACUUCCAGAUCUGGAAAAAACAUCACACAAGUAAACAUGACUGAUGGAGAAGUACAGGUUGUGCUUUUGUARCCUCCAGAUGCUCUGUCUGAAGAAGCAGGCCUGAAAACCUGGUGGAAAAGAUGCACGGCAAAGCAAAGCAGUUUGGUGUGGGUUUGGGGACUGUAUCUUGCAUUGGGUUUUGUCAGUGGUGGUAUUUAAAAAGAAUAAAACAAUAAUAAUAAUCAGAAGUAGGAGAGGGACCUAUGGUCUCACACAUCAGUUUCCAUGUUUUAUUUUUUUCUGACUGUUUUCAUUCAGUUCUUAUACUCAAGGUGCAUUUACCRUAUAUAUUGGUGAACAUAGGUGAACUAAAGAAAAAUCCAAAUUUGUUCAUAAAAUAACCUAAGUAUUUCUCACAGGAAUUUCUUGAAAUCUUUUACAUCUUACUGUAGUUUAGCGAUUCCAUAAUAAAUUAGAUAGGAAAAAUGCUUGAUUUGUAUUGGCAUCUGAUAGCUAUAAGUUAUCAGGAAUCAUGACCUCGUGUUUUGUAUCCCCUGAAUGGAAAGCACAAGACGGUUGAUUCAAAUCUAUAUGCAGCAACAGUUUAUCUUGUGACAGUGUGACACUCUUUCUGCUUUUUAAGAGGAAAAAAGAAAUGUUCUGUACUAUUUUGACUUCUUUCCUGAAGCUGUAAACCAGUUUUAGUUCAGGUGGACUGUGAAUAUYGGUAUUUUAUUAAUCUGUGUAAUUAUUUCCUUAUACCUUUUUGAAAGAAGGCAGCUUUUCCUCGUAUUGCUUUUAGCAGUUACUUGUCCUUGAUUUCUGCAAACAGUGUUGAAGAUGCAUGCUAGAUUUUUCUCUGAUGUAGGGCUUGUUCAUCAUGUGGUGUUUGUGCCUAUAGAAGCAGCCUCUUCCUUCAGUACCUGUUAUUUUGUUGGUUUGGGUUUUCUUUCCAUUGGACAGAGUCAUAGGGAAUGAGUUUAACAGAAACGGUAGGUUGACUGGUUAUUUUUAUUUCCAACACAAGAUAUAAACCAGCAAUUUUUCUACAACUCCAGAAACAGCUUUGUAUUUUUAGCUUGAGGCACACUCUUUUCUGCAGAAUGCUCUGCAGCCAUUCUGAACAGCUUGUGGUUAUUUGGUUUGUGGUAAUUUACAGAGAGAGAGAGACCAUUGGAACUUGAAUCUGCUUAAGCAAGUUUGAAGAACAUGUGGUACUUGAAAUACAGCAGGGUCUGCAAAACUUUACUGAAAAAUGCUCUUUGCAAUCCAGUACAUACAGAACAAAACAUGGGUCCUUUGAUAUAAAAUGACAAUUUUUUUUACCUCUGAAAUAUGUGGACUUCUAUCUCCAAACAUGUAACCAUCUGCAUUGCUGUUGCUUACAUCCCCCUGAAGGAUUUCAGGUUAAAAUGUACCUAUUAUUUGAACUACCAGAAAAUAAGCUGCUCAUCUUCCCUCAAGAAUGCUAAUGUUCUUAGUUAAUAUWGAUGUUUUCUGUUCAGUUAUUCAGUGUAGGCUUAGUUAGGCUAUGUCAUCCAAACAGUUAUUUCUUUAAUGUUAACUUCUUUCAUGAUGUUAAUGAGAACUGCUGUUCUGGUUAAAAAGAGGUUUUUCUCCUUAGGUCAGUAGGAGAAUGUUUAGAUACUGCUUUCAACUUCUAGCAGAAGUUCACAUUUCCAAAAGACCUAGAUGUUGCAUAACUACAGAUACAGACUUUUGCUUAUUGGCAAAGGAGAGUGAAACUUAGUCCUAGGAGCAUUUUGGUAGUUUUUUGAGAAUUUCUUUUCCAACAKGAACUCCAUUGCUUCUCUUUGGAAAUAACUUACACACGUAGAUAAUACACAAAGCAAUUAAACCUUGAGUUCUUCAAUUUAGUAAACUGCUAUGUGCUAUGACAAAUAAGUGAUUAUGCCCUUUUCAAAAAGGAUCUGAUSUAUUUCUAAAAGUUGUUGAACUUCCAAACGUCAGUGAAAAAUAAAAAAAAAAACAUAUUUAUCGAGGUUUUAAUAAUAUUUUACAAGAAGAUUGCAGCCUUUUAAGGCUGAUUUUAACAUUUUAAAGCCUAAUUUAAAAAAAAAAAAAAAGCCAUUUGUAUGUUUAUUUGUUAAAGAAUAUGGAUUAAAAUUUAAAURAGAGAAAUAGCCAUAGUUAGCCUAGUAUGAAAACCUGGUUAUGUCACAGAGAUUGAAUGCACAGUAUUGAAAUAGGCAAGUAAGACAAAGUCUGUAGCAGGUUGUGGUUUUAAAAUCAUCUUGAAAUCCUAUGUAAACAUACUUUGUGAAAAUGGGACUGCUUUUGGGGAAUGUUUUCUAUCACUUCCUUGUAUAAGCUGUGAUCAGACUUCCUGUAUGGGAGAUGAAAAAUGUUAUGUAAUGUACAAGGGCUUACUUGUAUCUUAGUUGAAGGCAUAGAGUAGUGAACAAAAGUAUUUGCCGAAGUUAUUUUUUCUUAGGAAAACAAGGUACCUUAGGAAAGGCUCUCCUAUCCUUCCUCUCCCAUAUGCUGACUAACAUGCCURGUCUUUCAUUAGGAAGACUUGUGCUUGUUUAGACACAUGUGUAUCCUAAAUUGCUUUGUUGCAAUGUAUCACAGGGUCCAGUACCUUUCACAGGGGACCAGUAUUGGCCUAAUCUCACUCCUUGAGAAAUUGAGGAMGAGGUGAGAGUGUGGUGCCCAGUUCAUUAUUUGUAGUAGAGCCUGAGCUCGCAGAACUUUCCCACAGUUCAGGGCUAAGGUAGUGCUUGUGGCCUCCCAGUGUAAUUUAAAGAGGAGCUGCUUYGGUGUGAGACUAGGUGAGCAGCUGGUGAAUAUCAGUUUCAGAUGUCAUUUUGCAAUAAAUGUAACUCUUAUGCAGACCAGCAAGUAUUCACAAGUGCUUGCUUAGUGCACAYGUUCCAGUGCACUUUGUUUCUUUGUACAAUGUUAACACUUGGUAUAUAAUUUCUUUGACUGUGUUUACACUCCAUUYUAAAACAUUCUGGCUUAAAUAUUUGUUUGGUCUCAUCAGUGUGGAUGUGACUUAACCUUAUGCYCAGAGGGGUAGGAAAUCAUGCCAUACCCACAUCUCACUGUUAGGCUACAAUAGUGUUCUUUUUCACAUAAAGCUGUCAUACACCAUUUUAAGGGAUGCUACCUAAAACAAUUGCAUGGUGUAGUUGGGUCCUACAAAAGUAUAUAUACUUUAAAAAAAAAUAAUUAAAAAAGGUCAUGGUAUCAUUCUAACUCUAAAUAAGGGAAAUAAGAGAAGGUAUUAUUUUAGCACUGGUUUUCCAAUGGUGGAWUUUUUUGAGUGGCUAUUAUGAUUAAGGUUAUUGCAAGUGAAAUUGUUCUAAAACUGUAUGUAUUUUCUCUUUUUCAUUCUGCUAAAAAGAGUGUAUGGUAGCAUAGGUAAUACCUGGUACUGUACCACGAGUCCUAGCUUUCAUUCCUUGAAUGAAUGUUUUCUAAAUAAAUGGACACAGAAAUAAAUGGGUUGAAUAUUGUAUUUAACUGGUUUCAAGAUUAACCUGUUUGCCAGACUUACAGAUGGAUUUAUAUAAGAGCUGUUUGUUCUGAUCUACAGAACAUGUAAUAAUAAUGAAAAUACAUAAGCAGAUAUGGCUUACUUGGAUAGUGAAUUAACCAUAUAAGUGAAGCUGCAAAGUCAUCUAGUGAUUUUGUUYCAUAUAUUUACUUUUACUUCAUGGUUGCUAGAGGGGCCAGAUUUUCAUACUGGUUUCAGGUGUGAGAAAAGUUUUGAUUUUUUUUUUUAAGUGGCCAGUGGCUGGAGAUCUGGGGUGGGGAGGGGAGUGAGUACUGGAGGUCAUCUCUACUUUUUUGUGUAUAAAUUAGUGUAUUCCAAUGUCUUUGUAGCAUCCUGUUAUCUGUUGGAGUUGUGCGACAGUGGUGCAGUAUUGUAUAUUCCUGAUUUAAAGGUGUAAAACAAGGAUUCCCCCCAAGAAUCAUGCAAUGAGAAGUGGCCAAGUGUUCUGGGUGUCUGCUGUGUUWUGCCAGCAGAGACUGGCUGYUUCCUUGUCCUGUGRAUGUCAUUCCAGUAGCAGUUUCUCUCAUAGCAAACUGCUUUUCUAGGCUACUGUCUCCCUGGUUAUUCCCAAUCUCUUUGUAGAUCUGUUUUCUGAAGAAAACUAGAGCAGCAGAGAGGAAAGAAGCAGAUGGCUGUGCUGAAGAAGUUAGCAGCAGCAACUUAGUUAG